AUGCAAACUGAAGGACGAGCGGGGAAAUUAUCUGUGCAUGUUCAGAAUCAUGAGCUAGCAGGCUCCAUGGCACUAGCAGUAUUUGUGUCUAUAACUGUAACUGGACAUGCUGGAUAUGCUGGGGUUGGACUGAACCCAGCAAGAUGCUUAGGCCCGGCACUGCUUCACGGAGCGUCUGUAUGGAAUGGACAUUGGGUUUUUUGGGCUGGUCCUUUUUUAGCCUGCUUAGUGUACUACAGUGUCUCUAUUAAUCUGCCAAAAGAAGGUUUGGAUUGGGUUGAUGGAGAAUAUGCUGUCUUAAGGUUGGCUAUGGGUUUUUGUGAGAGAUUGUCUCUGCUAGUGCAGUCUCAAACGAUACUGGGUUGUAAAACAACAUAG